AAAUAGUGAGAGUAUAUAAUCAUUCCAUUCUCAUUCAUUGAGUGAGGUGUCAGUUUUAAUUUGGAAGAAAUUUGUUUUUGAAUUUGUUGUGCCUUUCGACUCAAAUUGAAUUUCUGUGUUAUAAUGUCCGCAAUUCCGUUACCAGAGCCGUUGAAGAGAUUGUUUGAGUACGUUGACGGACAUAAGGCCGAGUACAUAAAAAACUUGAGUGAUGCCGUUGCCAUCAAGUCUGUAUCAGCAUGGCCAGAAAAACGUCCCGAUAUAACGACUAUGGUCAAUUGGACCGUUGACAAGUUGAAGGCCAUCGGUACAACGGUUGAAUUGGCUGAUGUUGGCGUUCAAACACUCCCCGAUGGUACAAAGCUCGCUCUGCCGAAAGUAAUUUUGGGCAUUUUGGGAAACGAUCCAACAAAGAAGACUGUCUGUGUUUAUGGACAUUUAGACGUGCAGCCAGCACUGAUUGAAGAUGGCUGGGAUACGGAUCCAUUUGUGUUAACCGAAAAGGACGGCAAAUUGUACGGCCGUGGAUCCACGGAUGACAAGGGACCAGUUUUGUGCUGGAUCCAUGCAAUCGAAGGAUUUCAAGCGUUGGGCAUCCCAAUUCCGGUCAACAUUAAAUUCGUGUUCGAAGGAAUGGAGGAAAGUGGAAGUGAAGGACUGGACGAAUUGUUGUUCGCCCGGAAGGACGAUUUUCUCAGCGACGUGGAUUAUGUUUGCAUUUCGGAUAAUUAUUGGCUGGGAAAGGAGAAACCGUGUAUCACGUACGGCCUCAGAGGAAUCUGCUAUUUCUUUUUGGAGGUGGAGUGUGCGUCGAAGGAUCUGCACAGCGGAGUGUUUGGCGGUACUGUACACGAAGCCAUGACUGAUUUGGUUUAUCUGCUGGGAACAUUGGUGAGAAAAGAUGGACACAUUCCAAUCGACAACUUAUACAGAGAGGUGGCACCACUGCGACCGGACGAAAACGAAACGUAUGAAAAGAUUAGCUUUGACGUCGACGAAUUCAAAAAGGAUGUGGGCGCAACGACGCUUCUACACAAUGAAGACAAAACGCAAUUGCUCAUGCACAGGUGGCGUUAUCCAUGUCUAUCCAUUCAUGGCAUCGAAGGCGCAUUCUACGAACCAGGCCAGAAAACAGUCAUACCACGGAAGGUCACCGGCAAAUUCUCCAUUCGCAUUGUGCCGAACCAACAGCCGGACGCAAUUGAGAAGUACGUCUGCGACUACAUCAAUGCGAAAUGGGCGGAACGCGAUUCGCCGAAUAAAAUGCGCGUUUUUAUGUCGCAUGGCGGUAAGCCGUGGGCUGAAGAUCCGAAUCAUCCACAUUAUGUUGCGGCCAAGCGAGCCACUCAACAUGUUUAUCGUGUUGAACCAGACAUGACAUGCGAGGGAGGUUCUAUUCCGGUGACGUUGACGUUCCAGCAGGCAACCGGGAAAAAUGUGGUCCUGUUGCCAGUUGGGGCAGCUGAUGACGGUGCUCAUUCUCAAAAUGAGAAAUUGGACGUUCGCAACUACAUUGAAGGGACAAAACUUCUUGGAUCGUAUUUGUAUGAAGUGGCACAAUUGGAAUAAAGUCCACCCACAUGGACGCUAAAAUGUAUUCAUAUCCAUCGAAAACGCAGUAACAAUAAAGGCGGAAAA